AGAAGAGAAAAGAAAAGAAAAAAGAUAGAAAGAAGAAAGGUGGAGAAGAAUGUGAUCAAGAAAGUUCUCCUCCAAUUCCUUACUUCUCACUGUGUCCUGGAGGAAGGGAAGGGUUAAGGCAGGUGACAGGCCAGGGAAGGUCAAGGGCAGAGGCAGCAGUGAGGGAGGUUCUAGCCAGGGACACGGGGAUGAGAGGCCAGACAGGCCCACGGGGGCUGGGCUGCCAAGCUUCUGGAAAGGGGGCCAGCUUGAGCAAAAGCUGGAUGGCGAUCUGACAGCCGGCUUGGGGCACGGAGCUGGGGAGGCCUCUGGGCAGCACGCAGAGGAUCCUGCCAGGAGAAGGAACGAGGGCUGACAGCCUGCCAGAUCCAGCAUGAACUGAAAUUUCAGGAGCCUGUGUUCUGGCUGGCAAAAAAUGGCUUCUCGGUGGAAAAUCUCAAGGUUCAGGACCAUGCUCCUGUUUUCGUCGCUUCCUGUCCUUCUGUGUGUGCUGACAACAGCCAACUCAGAAGCAGAAGCCUCGGGCGAUGCCCAGAAGACGUGCCCAGUGAUCACCUGCACCAUCCAGGGCAGAGAUGGACGAGACGGACCCAAGGGAGAAAAGGGCGAACCAGGGCAAGGGCUCCAGGGCUUACAGGGCCCUCCAGGAAAAAUGGGGCCUCCAGGAAAUAUCGGGCCUCCUGGGGCUUCAGGACCAAAGGGCCCCAAAGGAGACCAUGGAGAUAGUUCAGUUGCUGAGACGAAGCUGGCUCACCUAGAGAGGGAGAUAAAGAGUCUGAAAUCAGAACUGGACCACGUCAAAAAGUUGCAAGCGUUCUCCUUGGGCAAAAAGACUGGGAAGAAGCACUACGUGACCAACGGUGAAACGAUGCCUUUUUCCAAAGUGAAGGCUCUGUGUGCCGAGCUCCAGGGCACUAUGGCCACCCCUAAGAAUGCCGAGGACGAAGCCAUCCGGCAUGUGGCCAAGAACGUGGCCUUCCUGGGCAUCACGGAUGAGGUGACUGAAGGCCAGUUUAUGUAUGUGACAGGAGGGAGGCUGAGCUACAGCAACUGGAGGACAAAUGAGCCCAACGACCACAGCUCUGGGGAGGACUGUGUGACCAUCCUCAAGGACGGGCUCUGGAAUGACAUCUCCUGCCACUCCUCCUUCCUGGCCGUCUGUGAAUUCCCAGCCUGAGGAGGCAGCUUCCUCAGCCCCUCCUGGCCUUCCUGCUGUGUCCCCUAUGGCUCUGAAAUGGAAUUCAUGGCCCCCUAA